CCCAUAGGCUCCUAAGCACCUGAAUCACUUGGAAAUGGGACUUGGAUUCCUAAACCACUUAGGCACUUUUGAACCUUUUCCCCAUAUGCUACAACCUUUGCUGAUGUGAGCAGUGUUUACUCAGGUGAGUAGUCUCAUUGACUCCAUGAUUGAGGCUUGCAGGAUCAAUCCUUUGAUUUGUAGGAAAGAAGUGUUUUUAAAAGGACUCUAUCAGAGUAAAUAUCAAAAGCUAAAAAUUAUAACCAUACUAGCCUGUGUUACUAAUAAUCCCUUGGCUUAUUGUGCUAUAAAUAGUCUUUUUCCCCCUAACACAAAAACAAGGAAACAGUAACUGGAAAUAUAAGUCUUUAUUGUGUGUUUAUAAAAAUCAGUUGCAUUCAGUACCGUCUACCCCUUUAUCUCUGCUAUGAUUCAUCCUUGCUUGUUUUUUCCAUUUCAUCAAGUUAUAGGACUUAUGAAUAACAAACCUUUUGAAAAUGGAAAAAUAAUCUAAUUGAUUUUUUUUCACCACAGGGCAGCUGAGAAGCUUAAUUUAUUAAAAGUGAAGUUCAUUAAGCAAUAUAAAUACUUACUGAGAGAAUUAAUUAAUGUUUUUGAAGCACUGUGAGAGCCUUAAAAGUAUCCUCCAGGCAUGAGGCAGCAGGUGUUCCUCUUCUUCAGCAGAGUCCUGGGACAGGUGCAGCAUCCACUAUUGCACUAUCUGAAUGUGCACAGACCUGUUCAGAAGCUCCUUCAGUUCGGCAGCAAUGCGCUAGGCUCUGCGACUGAGAAGGAAGAGGUACAGUUUGCUGCUGUUCUGUGUGCAAAGAUCAAGCAAGAUCCUGCUCUGCUCACGUACAUCCUGGAGGGAAAGAAUCUUCUAACUGCGAGCCCACAGGGAGAUGCUGGCAGCAGCCAGAGAGAGAGCUUGGCUACCAACGGAGCCCUGACUGCAUCUCCUGAGCAGGACAGAGAGCGUUCCAUGGGUGACGCCCCCUGUGCUAGCCUGGCUGGAAAACCAAAGAAUUCUGUCUCCAGCUCCUCCCCUCUGAGAAAGGAAAACAAUCUGAUCACUUCCUUAAUCAACUUGUGCAAGAGCCAGAAGAGCAGGGUUGCACUAAAAGCUCAGGAAAACCUGCUGCUUCUCAUAAGUGUCGCUCAGCAGGCAGCUGCCACGUACCUGGUACAGAACAGCGCCCUUUGCUGUCUGGUGACUGAUCACCUGUGUGACCUGUACAAUGCCGUCCCUACUUCAGCCGAUCCUGCAGAUAUCCUCUCCCUAGAGAGAGUCAGCUGGAGGUUGCAGAAUAACUCUGCCGAUGAGGCCUCCUUCCCAGGAAAGGGGAGCCUGGAUGCUUUCUUUAGCUGGUUAGAUUACUGUGAUCACCUCGUGAGAGAGUCCCACCCGGUAGUUGCAGAUGCCGUAACGGAGACCAUUGGUGAAAAUCUCUUCCAGGGAAUUCUGCAGCCACAGCUCUUGCAGAUGUCUGAACUUGGCAUCCUCACCUCUACGGCAAUGCUGACGGCCAUGGUGAGGCAGAUCAGCGCUCCUGCCCUGCUCCGGGAACUGGUGACAUUCCUGCUGGGCACAGAGAGGCAGCCAGAAGCUAUCACUAACUCUCCACAGCAGCAUCUCCUGCGCUCUCAGCUGAUAGAGCACUGCAACCACCUGUCUGAUGAGAUCAGCCUUGCUACCCUGAGGCUAUUUGAGGAGCUGCUCCGGAAACCCCAUGAGCACAUUGUAUACAGCCUAGUGCUGAGAAACCUGGAGGAGCGGAGCUACAUCCUGCGCAGCCAGCCGGGGCAGGAGGAGCGGAGCACCCAUGAGCAGGAGCAUUACGAGGACACACUGGAGCUGGAGGAAGAUCCCUAUUUCACUGAUGAAUUUCCAGAUACAGGCUUCCGGACAUGUAAAAAGCCAAUGCCAUCUUCCCCCCGGGGGCCUGCCAGGCCUAGUGAGAAGACAGAUGUGAAUGAGAUUGUUCUCAGCUUCCUGGGCCUGGUUCCUGAUGAGGCAAAGACCUCCUCCUCUCUGGAGGAGGCAGGAUAUGAUACCUAUGUGCAUGAUGCCUUAAGGCUGUUUCAGGAAUGCUCUGCUAACAUAUCCUCAUGGAAUUGGCCCCAGGAACCAAAACCUCUGGAGCCCUGUGACCCACAAGCAGCAUUUUAUGAGGGCCACUUCCUGAAGGUGCUGUUUGACCGUAUGACACGGAUCCUGGAUCAGCCCUAUGGACUGAACCUACAAAUGACAUCAGUGUUGUCCCACCUAGCCCUCUUCCCGCACCCGCAUCUCCACGAAUACCUCCUGGACCCCUACCUGAACCUGGCUCCUGGCUGCAGGACACUCUUCUCUGUACUCAUCAGGGUGAUUGGAGAUCUGAUGCAGAGAAUCCAGCGGGUGUCUCAGUUCCCAGCCAAGCUGCUGCUGGUCCGGAGACAGUUAAUGGGGCUGGUCCCUGAAGAACAGAUCGAUCACAUGACCCUCUUCCAGGGAGUAGUGGUGCUGGAGGAGUUUUGUAAGGAACUGGCAGCCAUCGCCUUUGUGAAGUUCACCCCAGAGGGCCCUGCAUGAGCCCAGCCUCCGGCUCUCCUCAACUGCUUCUUGGAGAGAAGAUCUGAGUGCAGUGCCAGCACGCACUGCUGGAAUGGGGAGAUUAGUGCUCUGUGGCUCGGGGGAAGGCAGCACCACUCCUCACUCAGCCAUCCACCUUAGCUGAGACCUUCCUGUAUCACUGGCCUCCAGAGAAUGUCUGGCUCUGAUACCCACCUGCCUGAUAGCCAGACUCCCCCCCCCAUCAACCAGCCCCUCUCCACAGAGCAGCAGGGAACCAGAACUCUGCAGCAUCACAACAGAGGGCAACUCCUCCAGGCAGUCUCAACAUCUUACUCAGGUUUGUUGCUUCCCUUUCUGGGGGAAGGGGACUCUGCUUCCUACCUUACAGAACUAAUGGUUUGCUCAGUGUUCAACUCCCAAAGCUGGCCGGGAAAGCACUAGCUGCCACAGCCCCCAACGUUCAGAAAGCAAGACUAGAUGCAUUGAGAGCCCUCCACCAUUUCUAUCUGCUGCCUCUUAGGAUCAGAGUGGGUAGGAGCAUUUGCAGAAAAUCAUCACCCACAAUCCAUUCUGCAAGAUUUUUAUAGCUCCUCUUCCAAGUGCCUAUGGCUGGGGGAGGGAAAGGAAUGGAUACACGAGCAGGGCAGUGUCUAAAGCCCUGUGGAAUAGAGAUCUGCAUUGCACUCUUGCUACAUAGGGCCCGUGGGAGUGCACUGUUCUGGUGUCCUGGCAGUGAGCCCAGAAUAGACGUCUAGGUAACUGUAGGUGAAGGUAGGAUACAGCACAUUGCAAAAGUGGGUGCUAAAUCAAAAUCAGCCUCCUCUGUGUAACGAACACAGGGACAGACAAGGGAGCCAGCCCCAGUUGGGUGGCCAUAAGACACUCUUCUGGCCUUUAAUCAAAGUGCAGCAUCUCCAGCUGGUGCUUUGCUGCACCUGGCCCAGCAGGGUCUAUUAAAAACACCCUGAAUAUAAAAUAUUAAUCUAGAAGCCUGCAGUCAGACUCCAGCCAUGGCACUUAUGAUGCCUUACUGGGUGGGCAGCCAGCCUCACUCCUAGUGCUUCACUGCCCCAAACCUUCCCUCUUCCCCUGCAAUCCAAAAGGGAAGGAGUAGGGAUGGUGGGUGGCCUUGAGGUAAGUCAUGUUCCCCUCUCUCCCCUCCCCCGCCCCCAAGCUUUAAGAGAGGCAUAAAGAAGUGACUGGACCUACCUCCCAGACAGAUCCUGAGGCUUACUCCAUUGGUUUUGACGUGUUUGGGGUUCCUGAGCAAAGCAGGGCAGGCAUGAGUGAUGUGGCUGUGUGACAGACGAGUCCCACUGGGCCCCAUGCGCUGCUGUCAGGGGGCUUUCUGUUAAACAAGCUUUCAUUUAGUCCAACGCUCUUGCUCGCUAGCGAUGGGGGCCCUGGGGCAAGGAGGAACAGAAGGUACACGGAGUCCUUUACUGGAGGAAGGGUUCAUUCUGACUUUGAACUGGCUCCAGUUGCUUUCCAUAUGGUACGAAUAGAGCCACCGUGGCUCUGCCAGGCAGCAGAGACAUGUAAGGUUGCUCCUUGUCCUCAGCAAACCUUUAGAGGCAGCGCUGCGUUCCAUCACGCUCGCAGUGCCUCGGCUCUGGCUGAUCAGAAAAUGGGACAGCAGCCCUCAGGCAGGUGCAGCUCUACCCUGUCUUCCUGGAGGUGGGAAGGCGUUUUGCUUUAGUUUAGCUAGACAGAGUGAAGCAAAGCCUUGCAGAGCACCCUCCCAAGCAACCUGCCCCAUUGUGAAAGGAAACUCAGAGCUACCUCGAGAGAGCAGGAUGCUUCCCUCACAUAUCCUGGAGAACAGCCCCUUGAGAAGCCAGAAGGGCUGGAGACCAGCAUCAGCUGAGUUCUCACUCUUCCGCAUUGUUUCCCUAUAAUGGGCCAGAUUCUUACCUGAUGUCCGGCUUCAUAGUAUCAUUGAAUUUAGUGACCUACACCAGCUGAGGAUCUCACCCACUGCUUUCUUGGGUAGCAAGGAUGAAUUUGUAAAGUGCUCUGGGAAUGAAGUUAGCAAUAGUCUUUAUACCAGCAAUACUACCCCAUUCAACAGGGCUGUGUGUCUAUUGAUAGAUAUUCACACACCCUGCAGAAUGCCAGCAUCUCACUCUCUUCCCAAUGUGCACUUUAGAAUGUAACAAACACUUCAUCACAAUGCAGCGAAAGGUCUCUAGUAACAAGAGUAGAUACAAAUUACUGUAUUUGGGUAGUGCCUAGCACAAUGGGGCCCCAAUCUUGGUUGAUCUGUAGGCGCUACCAUAACACCACCAUCAGGGCAGCUUGUAAGCCUGACAAAUCUCAGCACAACUGGGUUCUUGACAUUGGUAUUAAGUGCAGGGUGGAUGCUUAGGGGCACCAUUGGCUUGGUAAUGCACUAUUUAAUGUUACAUUAAGUGAUUCUUUAUAGCAUAUUUAGCUAUACUGCAUUAUCUACAGAGGGGCUUUUGUUCUUGUGUUGCCUCUUAUCAACCAUGCACAAAGGUGUGUACACCUGGUUGCUUGGUAAAUCUGGGUGUUGGUGUUGUGUUUAUGGCAACUGCAUGUGGUAAGUGGGUACAAUGAACUAGCAAAUGUUACAGCACCACCUCUUUUCAGAACUAUGCACUUUUAAAUGUAUGGCGUGUAACUAAACCAGCUGUAAAAUUUGUGCAGUUUAAGUCUGUACAUAUGUACCAGGUACAAGUAACUUAACUCUUCCUGUGGCAAUAAAGUGAUGUCUUGAUAAAUUGGAA